ACUUCUCCCUUAUUAAGGGUACCCCUCCUUCUCCCUAACACAGAUAUACCGUAACAUUUCCUGUACAGUCGGUGCAAUAUCUUCGUUUCAUAUUCAAUGAAUCUACGAUAGAACCGUUUCAUUUUCUUAAAUGUAACGCUAGUUAUUUAUUCAAUGCACGUUGAUAAUAAGGAGUGAUGUCGAUUGAAGCAGCAAAUAUUUUAUUCAAAUAACCUAUUCAUUUUACUCGUGUUGUAUAUUUCAGGUUGAAUCGAUGCGAAAAAAUGUCUACUGAAAGCGUAAAAACGUUUGCUAGUCUUGAAACACCUGGAUAUGUGGGUUUUGCAAAUUUACCUAAUCAAGUUCAUAGGAAAUCAGUGAAAAAAGGAUUUGAAUUUACACUGAUGGUUGUUGGAGAGUCUGGUCUUGGAAAGUCUACAUUAGUAAACAGUUUGUUUCUUACUGAUUUAUAUCCAGAACGUGUGAUUCCUGACGCUAUAGAGAAAACUAAUCAAACUGUUAAACUCGAUGCUUCAACUGUGGAGAUUGAAGAAAGAGGUGUCAAGCUUAGAUUAACUGUUGUUGACACUCCUGGUUAUGGAGAUGCAAUUGACAAUACAGACAGUUUUAGAGCUAUCAUACAAUAUAUAGAUGAUCAGUUUGAAAGAUUUUUACGUGAUGAAAGUGGUUUAAAUAGAAGGAAUAUAGUAGAUAAUAGAAUACAUUGUUGUUUUUACUUCAUUUCACCAUUUGGCCAUGGAUUAAAACCUUUGGAUAUAGAAUUUAUGAAACAACUUCAUAAUAAAGUUAACAUUGUGCCAGUAAUUGCAAAAGCUGACGUACUUACAAAAAAAGAAGUCUUGCGUUUAAAAAAACGAGUUAUGGAGGAAAUUGAAGGCAGUGGUAUAAAGAUUUAUCCUUUACCAGAUUGUGAUAGUGAUGAAGAUGAAGACUACAAAGAACAAGUUAGACAAUUAAAAGAAGCUGUUCCGUUUGCCGUAUGUGGAGCAAAUACUUUAUUAGAAGUAAAGGGACGUAAAGUACGUGGACGAUUGUAUCCAUGGGGUGUGGUUGAAGUUGAAAAUCCAGAUCAUUGUGAUUUUAUAAAACUGAGAACAAUGUUGAUCACACAUAUGCAAGACUUACAGGAAGUAACUCAGGAGGUACAUUAUGAAAAUUAUCGCAGUGAAAGACUAGCAAAAGGAGCUCCUGUACCACCUCGAAGACAAACAAUUGCUGAAUCUGAUAGAAGUAAUUCUGUAUCGGAGAAGGAUCGUAUAUUACAAGAGAAAGAAGCUGAAUUACGACGCAUGCAAGAAUUAGUGGCUGUAAUGCAGGCACAAAUGCAACAACAGCAACCUUAAUUAUACAUAUGCACAAAUGUGUGAAGAAAAAUCAAUUCUUCACCAUUGCAGGUGCCAAAAAUUGUAUUAACCAAUUAAUAUGCUAUCCAAAACACAAAAUAUGAUUUUCAAGCAUUUACUUUUAACAAACGUAAUUAAAAAAAGAUACGUUUUUUAUUGAAUAUUUUCAACUCAAAAGACUAGAGUUAAUAAAAUGAAUGUUUUAACAAAACCGAAAGUAAAUUCAUAGUACAGAAGAUUAACUAUAAAGCAACUAUAAUUUAAUAAUUACAAAACAUAUGUGUAAUAAGUGCCUUGCAUAUUCCUCUUUAAUAGAACGAUUUACAAUUUCCAUUAUUAAAAUGCUAAUAUCAAAAAUAAUAUAUAAUCCUUUUAUAAAAUAGAACUAUUAUAAAAAAUUUUAUACUUUUUAAAAUAUCAAAUAGUACAGAUAAUGUUCAGUAAAAAUAGAAUAUUGAUUUCGGUAAAAUAGAAUUUCUACAAUAUUGAAAUAUAAAAGUAAAUAAAAUAUAGAAUAAUAAAAUAUAGAGAUUCUCAUUUAAAGAAAAGCAAAGAUUGAUAAGGUACAACGUGGAUAUAAUGAUCUAAUGAAUCUAAUGAAAAGUAUUUAUAUAAAUUGUGUAGAUAAAUAUAUACAAUGACAUUUUAUCAAGAUUGAUAUUUUACACAAUUCACAAAAAAAUGAGUAAAGAUGUACAAUUUGCAUAUCUUCCAACAUUCUAUGUAUAUUUUUUUAUAUAAAACAUUUUGAAGACUGCCAAUA